CGUUGCGAUAGUGGACAUGUUGUGUAGAAAGCGGGAGUUCAGAGCUCGACUUUGAUAACGCGUAUCGGUAUACUAUUUGGAAACCGUAUAUACAUAGACUGCAAUUCAACUAGGUAGGAAACAUGACCGCAGCUAAACUGAUCGAUAAUGCCAUAUACGUGGCAGGGUUAGUUGUUAUUGUAAGUACGAUUUAUGUACACGGACAGGAACCGAUAGUGAACACACGCAAUGGCCAACUGAGGGGCACAAGGCGUGACUUAUUUAACGGCAAUGUUGAUAGCUUCUUAGGAAUUCCAUACGCUAAUCCACCCGUCGGUGAACUACGGUUUAAAGUAACAGAGCCAUACCUCCGACCGUGGGAAGGAGUACGCGAUGCCACUGAAUUCAGCAAUGCCUGCAGCCAAGUUCCCGUUCAAAGUGAUUUUCGGGGUGAAACUAUGUGGGACGUAAACGCCCCUAUCAGCGAAGAUUGUCUAUAUUUAAACGUCUGGUCACCUUUUCCAACACCGAGUAAAGCCGCCGUUAUGGUGUGGAUACCGGGCGGUGGACUGACGUCUGGCGCAUCUUCCGUGGAUCUAUACGAUGGUGCAACGCUAGCAGACGCCGAGCAAGUAAUUGUGGUGUCAGUUAACUAUCGUCUCGGUGUUUUGGGUUUCUUAGCUCUGAGAGAUACACAGGCUCCUGGAAACAUGGGCUUCUUAGAUCAGGCCAUGGCACUGCAAUGGGUGGCAGAUAAUAUCGACUAUUUUGGAGGUGAUCCGGAAAGAGUUACUAUAUUUGGAGAGAGUGCCGGUGCUAUUAGCGUUGGGGUACAUCUAUUUUCGAGUCAGAAUCUAUUUCGGAGAGCUAUUUUACAAAGUGGCAAUGUCUUUUUUCCCGAGUCUAUUGUGACGUAUGAUCGUUCCGAAAAAUUGGCACUGACAAUGACUGACAAUCUGGGCUGUGGCCUUAAUUAUUUGUCAAACGAAACUGUUGAUAACACGAAAAUACUGGAAUGUUUCAACUCGAAGUCAACAGAAGAAAUUGUACUGGCCCAAUACGUGGAUGAUGUUCGUAUUCCCACGCCGGGUGUAGUAGAUGGCACGUUUUUGAAAGACAGUCCGUUAAAUCUGUUAAAGGAUGGGUUGUAUGAAUCGACCGAGAUUCUCAUAGGAGACAAUCUCAACGAGGGAACGUGGUUUCUGCCAUAUAUGGCGCCGCAGUAUUUUUCACUUGACCAGAAGCCAAUAUUGAACCAUACUACCUUCGAAGAAUUUAUUGAAUUUUACUUUUCGAUGGCAAAUGCACUCACCCACGCAGCUAUCUCUUUCGAAUACACUAAUUGGCUUGAACCCGAAAACUCGGCAGACCUUGUGGCAGGUGCGAGCGAUGUAGUGGGAGAUUUUCUGAUAACAUGUCCAACUGAUGAAACAGCUAAAUUAUACUCCCAAUACGGCAACGAUGUGUACAGGUAUUUAUUUUCUGAACUUGCAAGCAAUACGCCUUGGUUGGACUGGUACGGCGUUCUUCAUGGGGACGAAAUCCCGUUUGUCUUUGGAACACCGCUGUACCCAGAAAAUGGAUUCAGCGAUUCGGAAAAGGUGCUAUCCAGGGAAAUGAUGAAAUAUUGGGCAAAUUUUGCCAAAACUGGAAAUCCAAACAAAGAAUCCGACGAUGACGUCAGUGAUAAUGCCUGGCCUCGCUUUGACUUAGAAGAACAGCAGUAUAUUAUCUUUGAAACCCCCGACAACGGGAUUGGUCAAAAGUUGAAAUCUAGGAAAUGCGCGUUCUGGAGAGAUUUAUAUCCCAAAGUGAAAGACGCGACAGCCGAACAAAGAAGCAUUGAUGACCCAGUGACCUGUUUCGGUCAAUGUGUCCAGUACACCCUGGUUACUUUGUUGAUAACAAGUGUUGUAUCUAUGGUUUUAUGAAGUCUACAAAAAAAUAUUGAGAAGGGAAUUCUUUAAUAUACCAGUAGUACGUGAUGAUAUUUUAGUGUGACAUAGUGAGAUAGACUUAUCCUCGAUUUUGCACGUAAUCAGAUUUGUUUUGACAACAUUAAAUUAGGGUCACCAAUCAUUUAUAGUGUUAGGAAUUCACAAAUAUCCUAGAAUUCACACAUUUUCACUACAAAAAUACAACGUUCAUUGUUAUCGGGAAUUGUUCUCACCAGUUAUGACCUCUAGUCUUACAUUGUCCUGGGAUAAGCGCCCUCUGUUGUCGUUUACAGCACUGGCAGUGCGAAUCAUUCGAAUCCUCAAAAUAGGGAUGCGAGUUUUGUUCAAAUGUGUACCCAGAUCUUGAUCUUUCACUACUAGUUUUAUUACAUGGUUUACUAUACAUAUCACAUAUUAUAAUUUUUCAAUCGUGUGCCUGUGAUUCAUGGUGCCAUCAUCACGGAGUCAGGCAGCACACCUUAAAGGGCGGCAGUCGUCGUGCCGCGUCCUGUUCGAUAUGGGACUCAUAGCGACGUAUACAACGCGUGUAAAAUACAUUGUUUAUUUACACGAAAUUCGAACACGCGCUGCGCGACGACCACCGCGCUUUAACAUGCAAUAUGUACAAAAACGUUUACUAUUUAAUAUUGUUGUUCGAUAAGUUGACGAAUACAUUGGGCUAUGAUUUAUCAUGACAUAAAAAUUAAAAAUGAUCUCCAAGUAGCACGAAUAACAAUGCGUACUAGCGUAUUUUCAUAUAUCAAAUAAUGUGUCCUAAAAACGCAACAUUUUUUGCUCAUGAUAAAUCAUGAUCAUAAUGCAACUUGGUGUACAGUAUAUGUUUUCGUCAAUAUUGCAUCUUUAACAGACCGGAUCAAUAUUAUACAGAUAAACAUACUCCAGACAGUUCAAUGAGUAUUCGAAGAAUGGGUGGCAUAUAUCAUGAUCAAUGGUGCAUGUCACCGAGCAUUCAAGGCGCAUGUACUCUGAUCUGGCUGGUAAUAAGAAUCCACCGCUGUGAAAUAAGCAAUGCAUAUACUAAGAAUGUAAUUGUAUCCAAAUGGUUGGCAUUAUGCUAUUUUGUCGGGCAAAAUGGCCGCCAGUCGGCUGAAUUUUAUCGAAACUGAAAUCAAAUUAAAGUGCAUAUACCAUUUA